UCUUCUGCUGCUUUUGGGCUUUGAAGAAUUACUCGUUAAUAGCAGUGAAUGCCCGGCACCACCCAUUUUAAAGUUCAAUUGCGAUGAAAAGUGUACUGCGAUGCUCAACGCCUUUAUCACUCAUUCAGUGGAGUGCACAACGACUGCAGAGGACUUGCGGAUUCAGUUGAACGCAACAACUGAGAAGCUCAGGACCAAAGAAGCCCUAGUGGAGUCAAUCAACCAAACUAUUAAGCUCUUGGAACAUGACCAACGGCGGACCUUUAGUGCAACAAACGGAUGUCCAAGUGGUCCAAGUGGCGUAUAUAAAACCGAACUUGACGGACUAGAACAUUUCGAAGUGCCCUGCAACGAAUACGGUUGGAUGACAAUUCAGAAACGUUACGAUGGAUCCGAGAACUUCGAUCGAUCCUGGCAGGACUACAAGGAUGGGUUUGGGAAAGUGACAAGAGAGUUUUUUAUUGGGCUGGAAAAAAUACACUUGAUGACCAAGUCGCGACCCCAUGAACUUUAUAUUAAACUCGGAGGCUUUGAUGGAUCCUUGAGUUACGCACGUUUUGAUCAUUUCGAAAUUGGCAAUGAGACAGAGUCGUAUGUUCUGAGGUCCAUAGGGGCAUAUAGUGGCACUGCUGGAAACUCCCUAUAUCACCAUCUGAACCUAAAGUUCACCACAUUUGAUAAGGACAACGACAACUUGAAGGGAAAUUGCGCUUCUAACGAAUUUGGUGGUUGGUGGUUUGGUGAUUGUGCUGACUGCAUGCUGAAUGGAAAAUACUAUAGAGAUGGUAUUGUAACACAAAACCCGCGAAAUGGAAUUUAUUGGAAUAAAUGGCAGAGCUUGAAUUACACGAAUUCGCUUGCCUCGGUUGAAAUGAUGAUUAAGCCUAAGCAAAACUAA